AUGUUCUUCAAGCGCCGGUCCUCUCGCGCCAACAGCUACGUUGAACACGACGGCAACGCGCGCUCGCAGUCCUUUGACGACUUCUCCGAGAAGCGCCCCGACUCCAGCCGCAAGGAGCAGCCCGCUCCCCACCAGGGCCCAGAGCACGACGACGCAGACAUGUACCCCCGCCAGCCCCAGCCCCAGGAGCAGAACUUCCCCGUGCGAGGCAUGUCCAGCGGCGGCCACGGCGCCAUGCCCGCCAUGCCCGCCAUGCCCGCCAUGCCCGCCAUGCCCGCCAUGCCCGCCAUGCCCGCCAUGCCCGCCAUGCCCGCCAUGGGCGCCCCCGUGCCUGCCAUGAACAGCCUCAAGCCCGAGCCCAUGCCCGACCUGCUGACGGCCGCCUUCAACCAGGCCGUCCGCCCCUACACGGAGAAGAUCGAGCAGCUCGAGAGCCAGCUGGCCGACAUGCAGUCGUGGGUCGAGCAGCUCGAGGCCCAGCGCGCAGAGGUCCACAGCUGGAUCGACAAGCGCGGCCUGCGUCCUGACGUGCCCUCGUCCAUUGCCAAGAUCAUGGACACGACGACGCCCGACGCCGCCCACACGCUCAACGCCCAGCUCGACCGCAAAAUCACAAUCGUCAACUUCGACCUGCACCGCCUCCAGGACGACCUCAACGACUCCAUCUCGUCGUCGCACUUUGCCUCGUCCAUGCUCAAGUUCCUGCCCGACAUCCAGCGCCUGACCCUGCUGCCCCAGGGCCCCAAGUACGCCUUUGACCUGAUCCUCAAGCUCGGCGGCAACCUCAACUCUCACGGCGGCCUCGACAGCGCAGACAACACCGACAUCGCCGCCCGCCGCGACUUCUACAGCCGCCUCGACACCGCCAUGGUCGACGUCGUCCAGCGCCGCUUCGGCGAGGGCGAGGAGUGGAACGUCCAGCGCGAGAUCAAGCGCAUCGAGAAGACGGCCUCGUACCUCAAGACGUACGGCGUCGAGCCCUACUUCCCCCAGACGCGCGAGGUCAUGGCCCGGGAGAUGGACUUCCAGCCCAACGGCGUCCCCAACGGCCAGGGCACGCCUCCCCGGUACCACUAG